CGUGCAGUGUAUGCAUCCUUGUGGCACAUGUGUGCGUGGAGACUCUCGUUUUCUCAAUAGCGUUUUCUCAAUAGCGCAGCACAGCAGAUGUCCAUGAAGAAGUUACAAGAGCCAUGAAUGGUCCCGCCCUGCGUCGGGAAUCGGUGGUGGGAACUACAAGAGAGAAGCGGGCAGCAGUAUAUGUGCUCUCGCCCUGCACAUCCCAACGACUAUGCCUCUUAGUAGACAGGACAAGGAGUCUAGUUCAAACUUGACGCGGAAGUUGAUGGAUCUAUCUAUCAUGGACAAGAGCUCAACGGAGACGGAAAAAAAAAAAAAGUUUCCAACGGGGAGACGAUCGUUUUCUCAAUACCUGGGCGGCGUGAUGGUGUAUGGUUGACGACUCGAUGUGUUUGGCACCCCCGUCAAUGUGUUCGGCACCCCCUCGAUGUGUUCGGCACCCCCCUCGAUGUGUUCGGCACCCGGUAAGGGGGGCUUGUACGGAGAAGAUGGGCGGUAUGGUGAUCCUUCUGGGCGGAUAAAAAAGUGCAGUUAAUUCAUGUGUGGUGUAUAAAAAUCCCUCAGGUGUGAACAUUGAAAACAAAAACAAACGAAUGUGAUUACAGCGCCAUGAAGAAGCCCUGCAUCAUCGAUAACAAGCGGGUAUCGUGAUGUGCAGCCGUUGUAUUGCUGCAUCGUGCAUGUCUGACUCCGGCUCGUUGCUAGGCAUCGCAUUUCACAACGUGCAGAGAGCAGACGAGACCUGCAGCACUUUCGGAGGUGUUAGGCGACGACCAGUUGAUGGCGUACGAUGCCUGAUGGAUGAUGAUGGCAUGUCAAAGGAUUUGGAAGAAACAGUAAGGGGAGGAGGAGGGGGGUGGAGGAAGGAGGAGGAGGAGGACAGGGAAGAGACUCUGAGAGAGUCACUGGAACUCUGUACAGUUAAGUAAGGCUUCGACAGCGGAAAGCAGCACAGCAGGUAACCCGGCAGGGAGACUCUCAGGCAUAUCCUUCUAUUCGUCCUACCGUCUUCCCCCAAAUCAAACGUAAACGUACGUGUCAUUGUAUCUGCAUUUGGGUCAAUUUCCAGUCCAUAUACAGUGAUAAGGACCGUACGUUCAAUUCAGGGGAAGAAUGGGGUAGCAGAGGGGAAUCAGUGCGCUCGAAACUGAUGAAAAUGAAUGGUAGCAGAGGUG